GAAGAAAUGUCUUCUAACUUAACUAUUUGAACUAUUUGUGACCAUUUUAGUCACUUCCUCAACUAAGCCUGCGAGGAUAACCUUCUAACACGCAAUACAGUCAGAUUUGAGAAAUGGCUCAGCUGAUUGACAAGGAGUGGCAAGGACUCGGAAGUAUUUGCUUGAAAACCCAACACUAUUUUCAUUGGACAAUGGUCAUAUGUAUGUAUGCAUGUAUGGAUGCAGCAGGUAUAAAAGUAAGAUUAAAUUGAGCAAGGUGGGAGCUUGUGGUUGGAUUUGCAGAUUAAACUUGACUCUUUUCUUAGGAAAGAAAAAACCCACUAAAGGUGACAUGUAUGCCAAAAACAAUCCUAGCGCACCCCCCGCAUACAGUGAGACAUUUCAACCACCAUUCGUUCAGGUCCAGGAAUAGUGGUGGUUGGAGGCAGUUCAGUUGGGGAUCAUCCGACACGAAUGACUUGCCCGGCCUGUAAAGAACAAAUUAUUACGAAUAUCCACCACAUGCCGGGAGCAUUGACAUGGCUCGUAUGUUCUGGUUUGGCUUUGUUUGGAUUUGUGGUUGGCUGCUGUUUGAUUCCCUUUUUCAUGGACUCUCUCCAGGAUGUGAAACACACUUGUCCAAACUGUAGCAUGUACAUCGGUACCUUCAAACGCUUGUAAAGAACCCACUUCAAGAGCCAUUCACGUUUCAAGAAUAAUUCGGAUUAUGACACAUUAGCAAAGAGUUCGCAAUGUACAUGCGUAUUUGCUCACAUGACGACUUAAAUUGCCUCGAGUCCUGGUGAUUUAUAGCUGGCCUUUCCCAUGCAAACCUUUCAACUUUCCCUGGUGUCAAUCUGACUCAUUUGGUGCCUCUGAGUUAGAAGGUUAUGGGUUCAAGCCCCAAUUUUGGACUUUAAGCUCAUACCCAUCUAUGUUAUCUGGAUGCAAAAUUAUAGAUUUUUGCACAUUUGCUUAAUAUCCAAGUUGUUGUUGUUAUAUUACAUUUAUUCACAAACAUCCUUUUAUAGGCAUUAUCCCAAUCUGUUUUUUAAUGCAACUUUUCAUACGAGUGCAAUACGUGCAAAUUAAAUUUGAGUGAUUUUUAGAAUAAAAUUAAUUGUGUUUAGGAAUAAUAAAGGGAUUAGGAACGUAAUAGUGUGUUUUUUUUCAACAUGUAAAAGGAGGCUGUAGAUGUAUUUAAUUGGGAAUAAAAAGUUUGAGAUGU